GACGUCACGCCGGUGCUCCGCAGGGUCCGUUCGCCGCCGCGGUGCUCGCACGGCUCCAUGGCGCUGCGUUUCGUCGCCCCAUUGCUGCGCUCAGCGCUGAGCGGUGUCCGCUGGGGGGGAACGGCCGCCCCCACGCGUGCCGCCUUCCAUUGGGGGGACCCUCUGGCGCUGGAGGAGCUGCUGAGCCCGGAGGAGCGGAUGCUGCGGGAUGCUGUCCGUAAAUACAGCCAGGAGCAGCUGCUGCCCCGCGUGCUGCAUGCCAACAGGCACGAGGUCUUUGACCGGGAGAUCGUGAACGAGAUGGGAGCUCUGGGGUUGCUGGGUCCCACCAUCCAAGGGUACGGCUGUGCAGGGACCACCUCGGUGGGCUACGGGCUGGUGACGCGGGAGCUGGAGCGCGUGGACAGCAGCUACCGCUCGGUGCUGAGCGUGCAGUCGUCCCUCGUCAUGCACCCCAUCCUGGCCUUUGGGACCCCCGCCCAACGAGAACGCUUCCUGCCCGCGCUGGCAAGGGGGGAGAUGCUGGGCUGCUUCGGGCUGACGGAGCCCAACCACGGGAGCGACCCUGGGAGCAUGGAGACGCGAGCACGCUACGACAAAGCCACCAAGAGCUACCGCCUGAGGGGCACCAAGACCUGGAUCACCAACGCGCCGGUGGCCGAGCUGUGUGUGGUGUGGGCGGUGUGCGAGGAGGACCAGCAGAUUCGGGGUUUCUUGCUGGAGCGGGGCAUGGGGGGGCUCAGCACCCCCAAAAUCGAGGGCAAGUUCUCACUGCGUGCCUCCACCACCGGCAUGAUCAUGAUGGAUGAUGUGGAGGUGCCGGAGGAGAACGUGCUGCCUGGCGUCAAGGGGCUGGGGGGUCCCUUCAGCUGUUUGACCCACGCCCGCUACGGCAUCGCGUGGGGCGCGCUCGGUGCUGCGGAAACGUGCCUGGAGACAGCUCGGCAGUACACCCUGGAUAGGAAGCAGUUUGGGGUGCCCUUGGCCCGUAACCAGCUGGUGCAGAAGAAGCUGGCGGACAUGGUGACGGAGAUCACGCUGGGGCUGCACGCCUGCCUGAGGCUCGGCCGCCUCAAGGAUGAGGGCAGGGCCGCCCCCGAGAUGGUGUCGAUGCUGAAACGCAACUCGUGUGGCAAAGCUCUGGAGAUCGCCCGGCAGGCCCGCGACAUGCUGGGGGGCAACGGGGUGUGCGACGAGUACCACGUCAUCAGGCACCUGAUGAACCUGGAGGCUGUCAACACCUACGAAGGAACCCACGACAUCCACGCGCUGAUCCUGGGCCGGGCCAUCACCGGGAUCCAGGCGUUCACGGCCGGCAAGCAGGCGGAGCAGCGCGGGUAGGGCUGGGACGGGGGGCGGUGCCGGCUUUUGGGACGGCCGGUGCUGCGCUGAUGGACUCGGGCAGCACGGAAGGGGGCAGCGCUACGCUGACAGGACGGGGCGUCGCCGAGUGGACACAGUGCCGCCCGCCGGGCACGGCGGCUCGGGUCAGCACCGCAGUGCCUUCACCGUGCACGCCAAUAAAGGGUGCAAACGCCA